CGCUUCGGCCGCAGGAGUCGCCAGCCAUCUUGCGGAAUUACUACCGCAGGCCCGGCGCAGACUGCACCCCAUCUGGGCCGACCUGAAUGCUGCCGGGGUGUACUCAGCUUGGCAGAGCUCCCCUCACGCCGACCCGCCAGUACGCCUGUCCGACAACCCGGCAGGCACUGGCGUGGUUGAUGCGAACUUUCGCCACGCCUCCGCGCAGACGCCUGUUCUGCGAAGGGGGCGCCUUGUCGUCGUGCGGGCACAAAUCCCACGAGUUCGCCAACUGGCGCGCGCUUGCAGCAGACGGCAAGGUGCAGGUGAUCGAAACAGACGCCUCGCGCGACCAUGGCUGGAGCUACCACCUCUGCAACUCGGGGGCGGUUGUUUCUGGCACCUGGCCCGGCGAUUCUGCUGCACAAGAGCAGUUUUCCGCGGCCGACGCCAUCAACUACAAAGAGUUGUGGGUGGCAGUUGAAUGUCUGCGACGUGAAGGGGUUGUCCUCCGAGGCUGGAGGGUCGUCUUCAGAAUGGACAACACUUGUGCCGUCCACUACGUCAGCGUUAGGUACGGCCGGCUGCCGCACUUAGAACAACUUGCUCAAUGCUUCGAAGACGCCGAACGGGCGUCUGGGUGUUGGGCUCUCGCGGCGCAUUUCCCCGGCCGCUUCAACGCGGUGGCUGACAAUGGCUCUCGGGGCUCCGGCUUCGCAGCCGCCUGGGCCGACGAUCCCUUCAGAAAUGCUGUUCUGCGUAAAAAUUUGUUUUUGGAAGUGCAAUCCAGAUGCAGCGCCACCUGCACGCUGGGCCUCUUUGCCGACAGGCGCGGGCUGUCCGCUCUAGCCGCAGAGUGGAGAUACCCGGAGCUGACAGCUUUCGAGUGCAGCCUCGACGGGCACGUCGUUUGGGCUCACCCGCCACGGGCGCUAGCCCAGGCAUGCUUGGACUUUUCCAAGUCUGCGCGAAAAGCUCGUCCGGCCAUCAAAAUUUUAUUACUGCUGCCGGAGGACGCAGGAACUCCGUAGUUCCGCGCGGGCGUUUUGUCCUCCUGGCGCCGGGUCCGCUCCUGGGAUCCCCGCUCGGAUAUCUUCAGGUGGCUCUCUUCAGAGGGUCAGCUACGGCGCGGGCCCCGCGCAGACCUCCGCUACUCGGUCCUCGCCAGCUGGAAACCAGACCGGCAUAACCGAGGAUCGCGCAGAUUGCGUAGUCUCUCGUAGUUGUC